AUGACGGUUUUCAUUGCAUCGCUUUUUCUCCCUUAUACCAUUGACUUUGAAUCUUCCCGUCGAAUUGGCAGGCGUCAGCGGAAACCUUCGCCCAGCUAUUCCGCUGUGGACAACUCGGGCCUCGGCCCUAUAGAUGGGCGACAGCCCGAUCCCCGGCGCAAGCUUCGCCCCAGAUCCAGCAGCCUGUCACUGACUCCCGGAGCGACAACUGAUGAUGAGAAGAUCUUCAAGGGCUACGACUCACGAUCCGCAGGCGAAAUCCUCACAGCCGAUGAUCCAGUCGGACCCGGGCCCAGUGAGCCUCGGGCUGUGUCCUGGGGCCAAAGUCGCAAAUUCAACCAGCCCCGUUCAAAGGCAACAUUUUCCCCCCAGCCAUCUAUUCUAAGUCGUCCAUGCUCACACCAGGAGUCCCGAGACUCCUUCCUAGAUGGCGCUCCAGGUAUUGUGAACAAGGACCCAUUUGGAAGCCCUCGGGCAAUGCUGGCGGAUGAUGAUUGGGCUGUCAAGGCUGCUGAGCAAGGUCACGGCGGUCUUCAGAAUGCCAUCCAUGCCGCAGAGGAGGCGGGUGUCCUGCAGGAUAAAAUGUGGGUAGGAACGCUGGGCAUGCCAACCGACUCCCUCAAGCCGAAGACUUGGAAGGUCAUCGAGGAAGCCCUAAGAGAAGAAUUUGAAUCGCUAAGCGUAUUCGUCAGCGACAGUGAGUUUGAAGGCCAUUAUGCCCAUUUUUGUCGAGCAGUGCUUUGGCCUGCUCUGCAUUAUCAGAUGCAGGAGAGUCCUCGACACACAGAGUAUGAUGAUUACUCUUGGAAGCAGUACCUCCGAGUCAACGAGGCGUUUGCUGAUACGAUAGCAAGGAACUGGCGGCCUGGAGACUGCAUAUGGAUACAUGACUAUCAUCUACUUACCCUACCCGGUUUGCUGAGAAAGAGAUUGCCCACCGCGGAGAUCGGGUUCUUCUUGCAUGCGGCAUUCCCUUCCUCGGAAGUCUUUCGCUGCUUGAAUUCCCGGGAGGCCCUAUUAGAUGGACUUCUUGGUGCAGAUCUAAUUGGGUUCCAAACAAAGGAAUACUGUCAUCAUUUUCUUCAUUCUUGCAGUCGGCUUCGGAGGCUGGAGGUUUCGGUCAAUGGAGUUCAAAUCGAUAACCGCUUCGUGUAUGUCAAGAGCCAACCGCUAGGUAUCGACUAUGAGUCUCUUAAUCUGCUGCGUCAGUCUAUCGAAGUCAAGGCUUGGAUUUCGAGUAUUGCUCAGAGGUACAAGGGGAAACAUUUGAUUGUGGCGCGAGAUCGCCUGGAUGCUCCUGGGGGGGAUCAAGCAGAAACUCAUGGCCUACGAGCUGUUCUUGAAUACGUACCCUCGAUGGAGAGACGAGUACAGGUCACAGCUUCAGUCUCCGACAUACCAGAGCUCGAAGCGCAAGUCUCGAAGAUCGCGAUGAGAAUCAAUUCGGUAUAUUCAACCCUCACUCAUCAACCUCUGGUCCUGCUCCAGCAAGAUAUCAGCUACGCCCAAUUUCUGGCUUUACUGAGUGUUGCCGAAAUUUUCAUGGCUACUAACCUCCGCGAAGGUAUGAACUUGACAAGCCAUGACUUCAUCCAUUGCCAAGACGGCGAAAUAUCCUUACAGAAAUACGGCUCCCUUAUCCUCAGCGAGUUCACCGGCAGUGCAGCUAUAUUCCAAGGUCACGAACUCAUCGUCAAUCCAUGGGAUUAUAAGCAAUGCGCUGAGGCCAUCAACAAAGCCCUCGAAAUGACUCCAGAGCAAAAGAAGCGCAACUGGAAGUAUCUUGAAGAGCGUAAAACGCCAUUUACAGCCUUGGCCUGGUACUCGUCCCUACAAACCGCACUUGUCGAAGCUCACGGCAUGCAACAGUCACGCUUUGCUCAUGCUAUCCACCCACUCGAGAUCACAAACCUCCAAAAUACCUACAAUGCCUCCCAAUCCCGCCUCCUCCUCAUAGAAGACGGCGCAGCUUUUGUCACAUCGACACAUACAGAUCUUACUUACACCUCAGAGGAAGUGAUCACCGUUCUCGAGUCGUUAGUCAGUGACCCUAAGAACACGGUCUAUUUGACCAGUAACCGCAGCCCAGAACAACUAGACUCCACUUCCAACCGCCUACCAAAGACUCUCGGAAUCAUCGCGGAAAAUGGCUGCUUCGUCAAGUUACCAGGUACAACCACCUGGUCUUCACUAGUAGACACGACACGCACCCAACACUGGCAUGCCGGGAUCCGAAGAGUAAUCGCAUACUUCGCCGAGCGCACAGAAGGAAGCAUCAUCGAAGAACGCCGGUGCACACUAACAUUUCACUUCGCCCACGCAGAAGACAAAGACACCGCCUCAAGAAAAGCUUCCGAACUCGCAGACCAAAUCAACGGCGCGCGAGGCCGUGAAGCAAUCCGUGUUAUACGCGAUGUUGGAGCCGUCAGUGUCGAACCACUUUACGCAUCUAAAGCCGCGGCCGCAUCUUGGAUCCUGAAUCAUUCUCCCAUUGAUAGGAAAACAGAAUUUUUCGAGCUUGUCUUUGUGGCUGGUGGUGCCAGGGCCGAUGAGGCGUUGUUCCGUUGGGCUAAUCGCUUGGUGUUGAAGCGGGAUGCUGCACCGGUGGCGGUUACUAUUUUGACUGCAGGGGCCCAUGCUACUGAGGCGAAAGUUAGGUUGCCGGAUGCGUAUUCUUUAUUGGAUGUACUCCGUUCUCUUGCCUCUACAUAG